ACGUUAACAUUUAUAUUCGGGAAAAAACAUUGGGACGGGUUGGACGCGGAUAACACACUUCUGCAUUUUUCUGCGAAAAAAAUUCAAUCAAAGCGGAAAAAUAAGCGGUAUUUACAGGGAAAAAUCGUUUUUCGGUUAUAAAAAGUCUUCUUUACAUCACGCGGCUAUUGUUUGCUUUCGUUGCAUCUCGAAGCAAAGUAACGGCAACGAGAAGAAAAAAAAUCGGAAAUAAAGUGCGCUAAAAAAGUGAAAUCUAAUGCUAAAAGUCAAUUUCUUAUAGUCGAAAACGUGAUUCACAAAACAACCAACAGGGCAAUUAAUUUUAUGUGACGAAGUUUUUUAAAUCAAAAAUGGGAACGAAAGUGCAACAAAACGACUACGCUGCCGCCGCCGACGUCGCAGCAGUGCCAGCGGCAGAAGCGGCCGCCACCCACAGCAACGCCAACGCCACAACAACAAGAACAACAGCAACGAUAAAAGAAGCAGAGGCAGAGGCAGAAGCAUCAACGGCAACAGCAACAUCAGGCGCAAUAACACCAACGCUUAUAAUGGAGGUAAAGUCACAAACGCUGCCCACACAUGCCGCAGCGCCGACGCCAGUGCUAAUCAUUCCUGCCGCCCAGGCUUCCACUAUGGCCACAAAUGCCGCCAAAAAGAUACGGCGCGCCUUCUCCAUGCCACGCAAUCCGUUUCGCUGGUCGCGAAAAUUUAAAACGAUCGGAACGACAGCCGGCGGCGCCGGAGUCGCCGACAGUGACGGUAACGUCGGCAGCGUUGCCAGCAGCACGGCAAUUUCAUCCUGUGUGAGCGGCGGCCGGGGACGUAGCGGCAGCAUUGUAUCGCUCAGCAGUUAUGAGGCGACCGCCUCUGACGCGCCCAUUGGCAAGGACAAGCAUGCAAUUGGCUCAAAUAGGGCGGCGACCAUUGCAGUCAGCAGCAGCAGCAACAGCAAUAACAACAACAAUAAUAGCGGCAGCAACAACAACAAGCGUGCACGUGCGAUGCGUCGCUCGUCCUUCAGGAAAUUUCUGAAUCGUAUCGCUCAGCAUUUGAGUGCAACGGUGAAUGUUGGGUCGCAAGAGAACAACACUGCGCAUCGCACAACUUUUAUUGAAAUCGUGCCAUUCUACACCGGAUGCUGGCGACGAAAAGAGGCGAAUAAACAUGGCCAGGCGAGCAUGGGAAAUGCGAAUGGAACGGAACGUGUGCCGCCCAUUGGGGGCUAUCAAUGGCCCGCCGAUCAGACGCCCGGCGUAAUGGGCCUUAAGAAUCAUGGCAACACCUGCUUCAUGAACGCGGUGCUCCAAUGCCUCAGCCACACGGACAUAUUAGCCGAAUACUUUGUGCUGGAUCAGUAUAAGGCGGAUCUGAAGCGUCGCAAUAAGAUCAAUUCACGCAAAUUCGGCACCAAGGGAGAAUUGACCGAACAGCUGGCCAACGUUUUGAAAGCGUUGUGGACGUGUCGCAAUGAGAGCGAUCAUAGCACUAGCUUUAAGGCCGUUGUCGAUCGCUAUGGCACACAAUUUCGCAGCUCGACGCAGCACGAUGCACAGGAGUUUCUGUUUUGGCUGCUGGACAAGGUGCACGAGGAUUUGAAUACGGCUAGCAAACGGCGCUAUAAGAGCAUCAAGUAUUUUCUUAACACACAGAACUCCUACGGCCGCUCGGAUGAGAUAAUUGCCGCCGAGACUUUGGCGAAUCAUAUACGAUGCAAUAAUAGCUUUGUGCAGGCCGUGUUUCAGGCGCAGUUUCGCUCCUCGUUGACCUGCCCACGCUGCCAGAAGCAGUCCAAUACCUUCGAUCCGUUCCACUGCAUUUCGGUGCAGCUGCCGCAGCUCACCCAGCUGACCGUCUUUGUGACUGUGGUCUUUAUGAAGAAGCAGCCACGUCAACUCAAGAUGGGUCUGCGUGUGCCCGCUGGCUCUCCCAUUGUUGUGCUACGUGAGCAACUUCAGGAGACGGGCAUUGCCGCUGAUCGCAUGGUACUGGUGGAUCUUAGCUCGGAGGGAUUCACGCGCGUUUUCUACGAUACUCAGCCCGUGGAGACGCUGAGCAGCGUAGAGAAUAUCUACUGCAUUGAGGUGCCCGAAAUGAGUCCAGCGCCAAAGGCUGCCUUAGAUGCUGCGCCUGCGGAUGGUGCCGAGAAACCAGCGGAGGCAAAAACAGCGGCCACACAUUCCACGGAUCUGCUGCUGCUCGUGGCGAAUGUGCACCGAACGAAGGGAGGCGAGGGCGAGGGCGAUGACAAGGAUGCUGUCAAGGAUGUUUGCACACGAUUUGGUGCGCCAUUUAGCAUGAGGGCGCCUAGAGAUUGCAGUUACCAGGAACUGCAGAAACGCAUGCUGCGUGAAAUGUCCUCACUUCUCAAGCCAGAAGUGUUUUCCUAUGCCACGCCGCUGUCGGAUAUGUUUAAGAUACGACUGCAAGAUCCCUCCGCUGAUCCGGAUACAUAUCUGGAGCAGGUGGAGCAUCCGCUGCUCACCGAAAUGAUUGAUAUGGCGCUAUCGGUGCUCUCUUCGGAGGCGGGGCCGACCCACAUCAAGCUGCUGCUCGAAUGGAACGCGCCCAAAACGCACUUUGUUCAAAUGCAAUCGGAUGCCGAUGCAAUUGUGGAGCACGAGAGCGUGGCACGCCUCAGUGCCAGCAAACUCAACGAUACGGCCGCCCUAACGCUGGAACAAUGUCUGGAACAUUAUACCAAGGCGGAGACACUCAGUGCAGAGGAUGCCUGGCGCUGUCCGCACUGCCAGCAGUAUUUGCCUGUGGUCAAGACGUUGGGUCUGUGGUCGCUGCCUGACAUUUUGGUUGUGCACUUCAAGCGCUUCCGUCAGCAUCAAGCCAAAGGACCGCAGGCAGCCAAACUUACUACCAUGGUCAAGUUUCCACUGACUGCCUUCGAUAUGUCGCCACAUUUAGCGCGUGGAGUGCGGGAAUGCAACAGCUUGGGAUCUGCCAUGGAACAGUCGAACAAGAGUAAAGCACGCUCUGGCGACUCACGGUCUUCCACGCUAAAUUCACGGGCGGAGCCAAAAGACACGCGCUACGAUCUAUAUGCUGUAUGCUAUCAUCAGGGCGACACUUUGGAGACGGGUCAUUAUACAGCAGCGUGCAAGAAUCCGUACGAUCGUCAAUGGUACAAGUUUGAUGAUCAACGAGUUAGCAAAGUGCCCGAAAAUGACAUCGAACAGGACAUUAUUAACAACGAAGCUUAUAUGCUCUUCUAUCAGCGACGCAGCGUUGAUGCUGCCGCCGAAUGCUCCGGCUCCAGUUCCACAUCGGGUGAUCAUUGGGUUUCGCGCAUUGCGCCGCCUGCAACUGCCAGCAAAGAGAAGGAUAUUGUGCCAACGACAUCUGAAGCGCCUGAACCUGUGCCACCCAUAGUUGAGAAGGUGCCUACCAAGCCACUGGCUGUACCCAUUCCCAUACCCAUUGCUGCCUGUGAAAUUGAGGAACAAGCUGAGGUUACCGCUGCAACAGAAACCAUCACAGAAACAUCAAGCAACGAUGUGCUCAACAUUGAGACAAUAGCUUUUGCCGAUGCCGAUGCCGAUGCCGAUGCGGAUGCUGUGGCGGAGCCAGUCGUGUCACAUGAAUCAGCUGCUGAGUCCGCUGCGCCUUUACCCCUAACGCCAACGCCGGCCGCUGCAGAGCCUGCUAAUACUACUGCUGUUUCUAUCAUUGAAGAUGCUGAAGCCACGCACAUAUUUGACAUGGAUGAGGACUGCACAGAAAAACAGCUGAAGGUAACUGCCGGCGACGCCACAGCGCCCACCUUGGCGCCUACUGAGGCAGCCAUCGAAGCGCCUACUCCAGUAGAAGCCACAACCAAUGGUCAAGCGGCCAGCUCAGGAACAUCCUCAAUAUCCAGUUCAGCUUCAUCGGUUAGUUCGCUCUCGUCACGGUCUUCGCCGCGCUCACUGAGCACCUCCGUGACGGCCGCCUCGACGCUGCAGAACAAGUUCAAUGGGCACAUGAAUGCCGCAUCUGCUGCUGCGGCUCUACUCAAUGGCAAUGCGACGCCGCAGUUGUCUUCCAGUUUACAGCUAUCGCGGCAUGCGAUGCAGAACAACUGCAAUCACAAUUGGUACGGCUCGCGCAGCAGCGUCUCGGCCAUUGAGAGUGCCACACAGCAGCAGCAGCAGCAACAACAUCAGCAUCAGCAGCAACAAGCCGCAGCAGCUAGCCUCAGUCUGCGGCAUUCAUUCUCCACCAGCUCCAAUUAUAAGUUGCGCGAAUGCAGUGAAACGCUGUCUUCGCUCCUGCGCAACUCAGCCAACACCUGCAGCAAGGAUACGCUGCUUUUUAUAGACCAGCAGAGUCAUCAUCAUACGAGCGGUUUGAUUGAGGACGAUGACGAUACGUACAUGGGUCGCUCCUUAUGGAUAUCGCCUGUGACGCCACAUAAGUUAAUUACCGUCUCCCCCAAGAAUUAAUGACGAUAUUGUUAUUCGAUUUGGAUUCAGACUCACUCACACAUAAAACGCACUAUAGACA